AUGCAAGGUUCCUCCAAUCCAUUCAUUUCACCAAUGUUUGUACAUGUUUGUGUAAUUAAUACCUAUGUGGCUAAUGUAGUGAUGCGCGGGGGUGCAGGCCCGGGCAAGCGCUCUGACGAAGGGGCUGCGCUAGCGCCGCGCCCUCCACCGCAGCGUGUGGCAACCAUCUGCCACGCCACUAACUACCACGAGAAGACCACACUCCUGAGCUCCGACGACGAGUUCCAGUGA